AUGGCAGACUCCGCCCGAAGGCAGGAAAGCCGCCAUUUGCUCCGGGAAGUGGACAGUACACCAUGCACGCCCCGGGAUGGCUUCCAUGGCACCAUCAACAAGGAAGACCUUCCGAAGCUUGCAGCCAGCAAGGCCAGCAAAAUCUUGCAAAUGAUGGAGGAACAAGGGUAUUGCGAGCUGGAGCAGGAGUCCAUUUACGGGGCAGCGAUGGCCCUGCCCCAAAUUGCAAGGAGCGCUGGCUGGCCUGUAACCUUCACAACCCUCGCCUUCCGCAGCUACUUCUUCACCUUGCUCAGCUUCUUAGUGCAGGGUUUCCUGUUAUCGAUGAUCGGAGAGGAGCAACAUGUGAUCUACCCCUUUGCGGGGCAGAUGCAUUUGUGUGACUUCGGGGCAUCAAUGAGCCAACAGACUGCGGAGCCGUCCAACUGCAUCGGUCCGGGUGGCACCACCUACUCACCGUCGCGGCUUUACUCCUAUAACACUUGGAGCACACGUAACUUCGUCAGGGAGAGUCUCAAGACCAUACUGCCAGAGAAGGCGCAGAUGAUCGACGAAAACGUGGAUCCAGGUGAGUAUGGCCUGGAGAGUUAUCACUGCCGCAUCGUUUGCAUUUUCAUCUUCUUGUUGUCUGUAGUGCACGAUCUGAACGUGACGUUUCAGGUUGUGAGGACACUUUGGUUUGUGCCGACGUCUGCCGAAAGCUGGAUUACAUACUACUCUCUGCCUAGAGGGGCGAGCAAGGAGGACAUCAAGAACAGCAAGGGCUGGAAUGAGCUGGACAUGGUGCAAUUCUCAAUCGCCGGCAUUCCUGCACAUUGGAAGCUGUUCAAUGUCGUCUUCAUACUCCUGCCCAAGUUUGGACUAUGGCUUGGGGUCGCGAAAUCUGGGGUUCACUACUUGAUGGAAACCGAUGACAUUGUGGACCUCAUCGUGAACUGCAUGGCGUUGGCCUUUGUGCUAAACAUGGACGAGCUGAUCUUCAGCCGCUUUGCCACGUCCUUGACGAAGCACAUUAUGGGAAAGCUGACCAAGACUCCCCUUUUCGACAUUCAACCCAUAGAGAAUGAGUCAGACGAGCAGGCUUUAGAACGCUUCGACUUCGAAGAGCUCGGACACCAUGUGUCCUACUUCUGGCUGAGCAUGCCACGUCGAUUUGCCUUUGUAGUCCUGCUGCAGGCGUUGCUAAUGUGGGAUUACUACUACCACAAUUGCACACAACAUGCUGACGGAAGCUGGAUUUCCAAGGAUGUGUUCCUUCCGAAGGACUUGACAUAUCGUCCCUUGGCACUGAUGUUCGGCUGGGUGCCCACAAGCAGUACAACGCCCAUAUGGACGAUGCCGCAGGCGCCAGGCAGUGAAACGUAG